AUGCUGUUCAUCGACUACAGCUCGGCAUUCAACACCAUAGUACCCUCCAAGCUCUCGGUCUCAAGGUCUCGACCCCGCCCUGUGCAACUGGGUACUGGACUUCCUGACGGGCCGCCCCGGGUGGUGAGGAGGGAACACUGGGUUGUUUGUGGACACAGAUUUUUGGCGCUGGAGAAAAACUGAAAGCCCAGAGAGACAGAGAUUCAUUCAUCCAUCAUGCAAGUCCUUUCCAGUCUGGCGUUGGUUCUGAAGAACAUUUGGACACUUUCCUUCCUCCGGGAUCUCCUGUGUGAAUUUGUGGGCACUGCCAUCUUCCUCUUCACCAGUCUGGCCUCAGUGGUGCUAUGGCCCCAGCUUUCAGCCUGGGAUGGGAGCCUCUCCAGUCCCACCAGUGAUUAUCAUCUCCAUGACUUGUCCUCAGAGUCCGACCCAUCCUUUCUCUCGGACUCCCAGCCCCUCUCCGAGUGCCACCCUGACCCCCUGCAUGUGGCCUUGGCAUUCGGGGCCUCCGUGGCUGUGGUGUCUGUGUGCCUGGGUCCUGCUACCUCUGGGGGAGGGGUCCACCUGAACCCGGCUGUGACCCUGGCUCUGGCUGCAGGACUGAGGGUGAGCCCCUGGAGAGCUAUCCUCUACGUGGGGGCACAGCUCCUCGGUGCACUCUGUGCUUGUGCACUUCUCAUGGGAAUGGUGCCUGCCCCGCUCAGAGGGCAUCUGGGGCUGAACGAGGUAGGUUUGGGUGUCCACCCUUGCCAAGCCUUCACAGUGGAGACAGCCAUCACCUUUCAGCUGGUGGUCUGUGUCCUUGCCACGUCUCGACCCAAAUCAGCCUUCCACCUCCUGGGUCCUGUAGUGGUCGGCUUGUCUGUCAUUCUGGGGAAUCUCGUGGCAAUUGGGUACACUGGCUGUGGGAUGAAUCCUGCUAGGUCUUUUGGUCCAGCUGUGGUCACUUUAAAAUUUCAAAACCAUUGGGUGUAUUGGGUGGGGCCGUGUGCGGGGGCAUUACUAGCUUGCCUACUACAUGACUUGGUGCUCUACCCACGGUGGGGUAGCCCUGGCGACUGGUUGGCUGAGUUUAAGGAACUAUUUCCCAAGGAUCCACUCAAACAGCCCACCACCUUGGAACACACAGUGGAGUAG